GUGCCGGCAUCAUCCUGUAAUGUCGGGCGAGAGGGCAAAACUGGUCGUUCUCGGGCUUGUUCUUGCGGUCAUCGCCCGUUCAUACAUCAUGAGUGAUGUCUUCACGCGUGGAUACAUGAUGAGUUCCACCCUCGGGUUUUUCGAAGACAACUUGUGUAAGGGAAGGCCGCCGGCAGACCGGGAUGGCUGCAAGGCCACGCUGGCGACGGCGCUUGCUCCUGCAAAGCUCUCCUGCAUGUCUGUUUUUCACGACUUCGUCCGUUGUCGAGACCCCGCCGACGGUGGUGGUGGUGGUGGUGGUAGAAACAACCUACCCUGCCAGAAGGAGAACCAGAAAAUCUUCGAGUGCUUGCAGGCACACCUGGCACCCUACGGUUUCAGUGACGAGGAAAUCUUUCGGCUCAUCUACAAGACUCAGCAGCAGCCCCCCCCGCCAUCAAAACCGUCCGUGGAGGUUUCAGACCACGGCAGGGAAGGAGACGAGAAGGCAAAGGCCAAUGAGAAGCCGGGCGAGGGUGAUAACGCGGGGGGCAAGAGUGCGAACCGUGGAGAGGAGACGGAUGUAGAAAAAGGAGGGCCAAAGGUGGAGGUAGAACAUGAGCCGAAACAAGGCGGGGGCGGCGCGCGAUAGCGCGUGUAGAGCGCAGCUGUGGAGACUUCCCCGAGUUAACGUGUGUAAAAAGAGUCCCGCGUAAGCAGUAUAUCGAUGUGUCGUGUCCGUGUUGCGUGAGUGUGCA